UCAUCCAUCAUCUUCUUCCCUUUCCUCUCUCUCUUUCAGAUUCCAAAAUGAGAUAACUUGGGCUUGAAGCUCUCUAUAAUUCCAUUCCAUUGCCUUUCAUACAUAUAUGGACAUGGCUGCUUCAGAAAGUUUAGGUCUUGGUGGGUAAUUGGCAAAAAGGCACAUUGUUUUUACGAGUCUUUUGUUCUUUUAUCCCUACCCUUCUUCCUUAAUUCGAUUUCGAGAUGGAGAGCAAGCCAAGCAUUGUCCUUGGCAAUGGAGGAGAGAUCAGACUCCCUGUUGGGUUCAGGUUCCGUCCCACCGACGAGGAGCUCUUGGUUCACUAUUUGAAGCGGAAGGUCCUGUCAGUUCCAUUGCCAGCCCGCGUUAUUCCCGAGCUCGACGUGCUUCGAACCAAUCCCUGGGGAUUGCCAGGUGAUAUGAGGGAGAGGAGGCACUUCUUCAGCAAAACAACCGAAAAGAGGCAUCCAAACCUCCACUUCAAGCACAGAAGAGCUGCCUUCCGAGAGCUUUCCGGUUCUGGAUACUGGAAGCUUACUGGGAAGGAGAAGAGAAUUGUUGCUCGGGGAAGUAAACAGGUCAUUGGGAUGAGAAGGAAUUUGGUUUUCCGCGAAGGGGAAAAUUUGAGUUGCGCGAAAUCACAAUGGAUCAUGCACGAACUUCGCCUUCUCAGCACUCAAACUGCCUCGGAUUCAACCCAUUUCAGGAACGAAACGAUGCCUCCAGCAGUAGAGAACGGAGAAGGAGAAUGGGCAGUCUACAGGGUGUUCCAGAGGAGAAUAAAACAGCCCAACUCCAAGAAGAAAAAUAGAAUUGUCUCUGCUCCUCAGCCAAUCAGUCAGACUCCGACCGAGAUCAAUUUCAGGAAUGAAGUUCAAGACCUGAUGGGUAGGGGAUCAGGAUCAGAUCCUCUUCCUCCUCCUCCUCCAUCUCCGUGUUCAAGCUUGUGCACUCGUGAUCACGGGCAAGAAAUCCCAACCGCUUUCGAUGAUUUUUCUUCCUGAUUAACUCUUCUUCAUGUUCAACAAAUCUGAUCACAUCGAUGCCAAAAUUUUGCGAGAAUUGUUUGAAGAAAUAUGUCUUUCUGCAAGGCUAAGGUUAUUGGAGCUUACCAAUCCCAUUCUCUGUCCCGCCUGCAAGUUUAUAUUAGAGAGAUUAAAAUUCAAGAACUGUCAGUUCUAAUAUAUUAUUAGACCGUCGUUUAAAUCA